GGUGUAGACAGGUGGUGAAGAUGCUUAUUUCAUAGCUUGCGGCGGCUGGUUUGGUGUAGCAGAUGGAGUUGGUCAGUGGUCAUUUGAAGGAAUCAAUGCGGGGUUGUAUGCGAGAGAGCUAAUGGAUAGUUCCAAAAAAAUUGCUAUGGAGAAUCAAGGGCCACCAGGGAUGAGGACCGAGGAAGUCCUGGCUAUGGCGGUAGUUGAAGCACGGUCCCCUGGUUCUUCAACUGGCUUAGUUGCUCACUUUGAUGGCCAGGUCCUUCAUGUAUCUAAUAUUGGCGAUUUGGGAUUACUGGUGAUAAGAAAUGGACAAGUAUACGCACAAACAAAGGCGAUGACAUACGGUUUCAAUUUCCCGUUGCAAAUAGAAAACAGUGUUGAUCCUUCAAGACUUGUACAGAAUUAUGCUAUCGAUUUACAAGAAGGUGCUACCAUUGUGACAACGUCGGAUGGUCUGUUAGACAACGUCUAUGAUCAUGAGGUGGCAUCUAUUGUCUCGAAAUCUCUGAAAGCUGACCGCAAGCCUACGGUCUUAACCUAA